CUUUUCAUUUACAAAGCUCUGCAUCUCUCGAAUUAUAUUUUUCAUGAAAAAUAUUUAAAUCAAUUAAAAUGCCUUUAUAUGAAACUGUGAUGCAAGAAAAGCCACCAGUGGUGUUGGACAUUGGUACCGCUUAUACGAAGUUGGGCUUUGCUGCUGAGGCUUAUCCACGUAAAAUAAUACCUACUGAAUAUAUUUCGUCCGCGAAUGGAGAAUCAAAAAAACUAUUUAAUUAUGAAACCUUACAGGAGUUUUAUGAUCAAAUGGUCGAUUUUUUGCAAAUGAUAUUUUUCAAAUAUCUUCUAGUCAGUCCAAAAGAUCGUAAAAUAGUUAUUGUUGAGAAUGUUUACGGUCAAACAGUGAUACGCGAAACCUUAGCUAAGGUUUUGUUCCGUCAUUAUGAGGUCGCUUCCGUACUGUAUGUACCGUCACAUAUGAUUGCUUUAUCUACUUUGGCGGUACCUAAUGGGGUUAUAGUCGAUAUGGGGUAUGCCGAAACUACAGUAAUGCCAGUCUUUAGUGGUGUCCAGAUCAUGCAAGCAUUUCAAGAUCAGAAGUAUGGUGGACGCGACAUACAUGAAGUAUUGAAAUGUUUGCUUUUGAAAGAAGGUAUUGACUCACACUUAUUAACAGAAGAAGUGCUAGAAGAUAUAAAAGUUCGCACUUGUUUUAUCACAAAAUUAAGUCGAGCCCACGCUUAUGCUGAAAAUAAUCCACCGCAAGCACCGCCUGAUGUACAAUAUCCAAUAGCCGACAAGGCCAUUAUUACAGUACCAGGUCACGUGAGAGAAGAAGCUUUCGAGAUUUUUUUUGAAAAGAACAACGACCGUGACAGUUUACCGCAUUUAAUACUUAAAGCAAUACUUGGCUGUCCACUAGACGUGCGUCGCAUUUUGUGUGAAAAUAUAUUUGUCGUGGGAGGUUCGUCAAUUGUGAUGGGACUACUACCGCGUCUCAAAGAAGAAUUGCAAUAUUUAGUAGCCAAUGAUAAGGAAUAUCAAAAAAGAUUGCAUGGUGAUAUUAUCUUCAAGUUCCACAAGUGCUUAGGGCGUGCUAACAUUGCCGCGUGGCUGGGUGCCUCUUUAUGCGCAAGCACAGAUUUGGUUAAUUCCCGUUCAUUAACUAAAGAAGCUUAUAUGCGCUUCGAGAGAGUACCCGAUUGGAUCUGUCUAGAUGAUAAUCGUGUAAAUGGUUAAAAUUAAUUUAUUGUAUUCUAAUUAAACUAAAAAUAUCAUUAAG